AUGCCCGAUGAUCUAGUGUCGAAAGUCGAAGUCGACCUCUAUGAGGUCCUAGAAAUACCCCGAGACGCAUCCAAAGAAGAGAUCCGAAAGGCAUAUCGCAAGUCUGCGCUUGCCAGCCAUCCUGAUAAAGUCCCUGAGGGCGAACGAGAAGCUGCCGAGGUCAAGUUCAAGGCCGUCCAAGAAGCUUACGAUAUCCUCUACGAUGAUGACAAACGUCAUCUGUACGACACACAUGGCAUGGGCGCCUUCAACGGCUCCGGAGAACCUGGUAUGGGCGCCGCCCCGGAUCUAGAUGACCUUUUGGCGCAGAUGUUCGGCGGCAUGGGAGGCAUGGGAGGCAUGGGAGGUAUGGGAGGUAUGGGCGGAAUGCCAGGGAUGCCAGGAGGCAGUAGAUCACGAAAGAGUCCCAACGAAGAACAGAAGUACAACGUGCGUUUGGAGGAUCUCUACAAAGGGAAGACGGUCAAGUUUGCUAGCACCAAGAAUGUCAUCUGCAGUCUGUGCAAUGGCAAAGGUGGCAAGGAAAAGGCAAAGGCCAAAAAGUGCUCGACUUGCGACGGAGAAGGUAUGCGGCAGAUCUUAACUCAGAGGGGUCAGUUUCUGACGCCUUCCUGGGUGGCCUGUUCCACGUGCAACGGACAAGGACAGUUUUUCAGCCCCAAGGACAAGUGCAAGAAGUGUAAGGGAGCGAAGACCACGGAAGCCAAGAAGAUGCUGGAGAUCUACAUCCCCCCAGGAGCGAGGGAGGGGGAUAGGAUCGUGCUUGAGGGCGAAGCAGACCAAGUGCCCGACAAGGAGCCUGGAGAUAUCGUGUUUCACAUCGUGGAGGAGGAACACGCGACUUUCCGCAGGGCCGGCGCCGACCUGACCGCCACCAUCGACGUUACCUUAGCUGAAUCGCUGACGGGGUUCUCACGCGUCGUCAUCCAGCACCUGGACGGGCGCGGAAUCGAGCUUCAACACCCGCAGAAACCCGGACAGGUUCUCUCACCGGGACAGUUGCUGAAGAUCACCGGGGAGGGGAUGCCGAUCAAGCGCAGCGAUGCCCGUGGGGAUCUCUACCUGGAAGUGAAUGUUAAGUUCCCGGAGGAGACGUGGACCCCCAGUCCGUCGGUGCUGGAACGACUCAAGGAGGUGCUACCCCCACCAGAUCCGCCCAUCGCAGCUGACACGGUGGACGUGGUCGCGUACGAUCGCAAGGGCAACCUGGAUGAUUUCGGGGCUAACGAUCCCCAGGGAGGUAGUGCCUGGGAGGAUGACGAGGAGGAGGGAGAGACGGCGCAGUGCGCGACGCAGUGA